AUGACUUUGGAAACUCCAAGAUAUGAUUUACAUCAAUUCUCAGAGGUUUAUCAUCCUGCUGAAGAUACUUUUUUGUUUUUAGAUGCGUUAGAAGAAGAGCUAAACUUUAUUCAGCAUCUAAAUCCUACAAUGAUUUGUGAAGUUGGUUCAGGUAGUGGACUAAUAGUCACAGCUUUAGCAACCAUUUUAAAAUACUCAUGUGCAUAUUUUUCUACAGACAUCAAUUUCCAAGCAUGUUUAGCCACAAUGAAAACUGCAUCAAUGAACGAUGUUUUCAUUAAUAGUGUCAAUAUGAACCUCCUGACGUGUUUUAAAGCUCAGUUUGACAUGAUCAUGUUUAACCCCCCUUAUGUUCCAACUGAUUCAAGUGAGGUAGUAGGAAAUGGAAUUAAUCGUUCCUGGGCAGGAGGCAGUCUUGGUCGUGAAGUUUUAGAUAAAUUUCUUUAUACGUUACCAGACCUAUUGAGGCCAAAUGGAGUAUGUUAUUUGUUAUUGUUAAAAGAAAACAAAACUAAAGAAAUUGUAGAAAUUUUGUCACAGAGAAAUUUUAAAAGUGUGCUUAUAAAGCAAAGGAAAAUACCAGGAGAACACUUGUUUGUUUAUAAAUUUAUUAAGAUCAUUUAAUCCUGUGGUUUCACUGUUUAAAGGGUUUUUUAAAUUAAAAUUUAAAUAAAUGUUAAGCAAAUUAAAAUUGUUUUGAAUUGUUAGAAUUUAUUGAUAUUUUCAUCAUAGCCUGUAUUAAUUAUGAUUACUAGUCUGCUUACUGUUUAUUUAAGUGACAUUACGUUUUAUAUACUCAAUUUUGUUGAAU